GUUGUUUGAGGCUGGUUUGGAGCAGGGCUGGGGUUACCCUGACAUUUCUGGGACCACGGCCAGCCAAGAAAGGAAAGAGAAGAAAAGACAAGUCUUUUACAGUUUGCUUUUGUUGAAGUGUGGAGAAAGGGGAAAGGGAAGCGUCCUUUUUUUUUCGGCAUCACAUUCCUGUGUUUUUCUUCAGCCUGGAAAAUAUAUUAAUGCCAGUGCUUUCCUCUCUGGAAACAAAGGAGGUAAACGGGACUGAGGAAGCUAGGAGUGGCAAGGAGGCUUGGGAAGUUUAAAAGAGAGAGACUCGGAGCAGCCGGGAGUUCCCUUUUCUUGAAUGAAAUCCCUGCCUGUGUGAGGAACUGGUACAGCAAAAAGCCAGACCUGCAGGUAAAUGGAGAAGCAGAGAUCCCAAAGGAAAUUUCCGCUACCCUCAACCCCCUUGUCAAGAAGGUAAAGAAGAAAGAAAGUUAAAAGAUACACGGGGAGACGGACAGGCUCUGGGACCUGUUGGGCUGUAUAAAGAUAAAUCAUUGGGCAGCAGCAAAGCUGUAUGGCAUUGGUCUCCUUUUAAAGGAAAAAGACGUGAAACCUCGUCUCUGGAAGGAGAACUUCCCUGAGAGUAUUGCACAAUGAACUGGAGGCCAGCUCUCAGCUUAGCCCUGCUGUGGGCAGCGUGGCUAGUGUGUGGCUCUGAGAAGACAGGGAGGCUAGCGGAGAGAGGAAGCCACGGAGUUAGGAAAGUGCCCCUGGCUUACAGGGCUCCAAGCAGCGUCCUGAGAAGGUCUGGAGCAUCCCUGAGGAAGUCAAGCCCAAAUCCUCAACACCCUGUCACCAAGAGAGAUUAUUCAGCACCUCCAAAGGCACCUGCCAAUCUCCUGCAAGGGGAAGUGCGUUCCCAGGCCAGGGGCAUGGGGACCAGAACAAGACGAGUACAGAGACUCACAGCUGCAGCCAAAUACUCCAAGUCCGAUAUGAUUAAGGACGAAGGGAUAUCCUCUGCCUCGCAGUCACGAGUGGUACGUUUCCCUUCAGGGUCAAGUUCCCCCAAUGUCCUGGCCAGCUUUGCUGGAAAAAAUCGAGUGUGGGUCAUUUCUGCCCCCCAUGCCUCUGAGGGCUACUACCGGCUCAUGAUGAGCCUCCUGAAAAACGAUGUUUACUGCGAACUGGCUGAGAGGCACAUCCAGCAGAUUGUGUUGUUCCAUGAAGAAGGGGGAGAAGGGGGAAAAGUCAGAAGGAUAACCAACGAAGGAAAAAUCCUGGAGCAGCCACUAGAUCCAGCCCUCAUCCCUAAACUCAUGAGCUUUCUGAAACUGGAGAAGGGGAAAUUUGGCAUGGUGCUCUUGAAGAAAACUCUGCAGGUGGAGGAGAGGUACCCUUAUCCAGUCAGGCUAGAGGCCAUGUACGAAGUCAUUGAUCAGAGCCCCAUCAGAAAAAUUGAGAAGAUGAGGCAGAAGGGCUUCAUCCAGACUUGCAAAGCAGCUGGAGUGGAGGGACAAGUGGUUGACGAAGGCAACAACGGGGGCAGCACCCAGCCUACCCCAGGUAAUGGAGAUGUCCAGGUGUCAGCAAGGAAGGAGGAGCCAAGGAAGAGCAAUAAUCAGCCAACAAGGGCCAAAACAGUGAGGAAACCAGUGACAACCACAGCGGCCACUACUGUGCCUACAGUAAGGACCACUACCCUCCCUCCCACCACCACAACUACCCGUGCCACCACCCGCGCGGUGACAACAGCAAGCCGGUCUACGACAACAACUACACCUCUCCCCACCACGCAGAGGACCUGGACCACAAAGUCACAUUCCACCACAGAGUACCAUAGGCUGCCAGUAGCCCCUGAUGCCACCACACCACGAGUCACAGCCUCUGAGGAUUUCUACUCUCCUGUGUGGAAGGCAAACCGCAGGGACCGGCAGCGCGGCCACCCGGAGAAACACCCAGCAGCCACACGGAAACCAAGCAAAGCUGCCCGCUAUGACGGUUUCACAGAAGUCCCAACAGUUCCCUCAGUGCACUAUACAAAGGCAAAUGUGGGUAGAUUUAAAGAUAACCGAACAGACAGAAAGGACUACAACCAUAGGGACCUGAAUGUCACACCAGGGCAACACAAACCAACUAAGACUAAACCACCAAAAAAGAAGGCCCAAGAAAAGAUACUGAGCAAUGAAUAUGAAGAUAAAUAUGACCCAAGCAAGCCUGCUAGUUCCCAUUUAGAGGAAGAGUUUGCAGCGGGACAUAUUCCCCCAAAGAAAGGAAAAGAAUCAAAGAAGCAUGAGAGAAUGGAUAAACCUGAGAAGAAGAAGAAGAAGGACAGACCUGACAAGCUGCAGAAGAGUGAGAAGCAGUCCAAGAAGGACAAAGCUGAGAAAAAGAGCAAGCAGGACAAAGAUCGUAGCAAGAAGAACAAGAAGGGGAGCAGGACAGAAAAUGAGGAUUUCCCCAAGCCCAACAAGAAGCCUUUCCUACAGCCUCCCAGGAAAUCAGUGACCGACCUCCUGGAAUAUUUUGAAGGCAAAAGGCGGCUCAUUCUGAUCACAACCCCCAAGGCAGACAACACCAUGUACGUACAGCAGCGAGACGAAUAUCUGGAGAGCUUCUGCAAGAUGGCAACGAGGAAGAUCUCAGUCAUUACAAUUUUUGGCACCAUGAACAACAGCAGCAUGAAAAUUGACCACUUCCAGCUAGAUAAUGAAAAGCCCAUGAAAGUGAUAGAGGAUGAAGAUCUUGUGGACCAGCAACUCAUCAGUGAGCUGAGGAAAGAGUAUGGGAUGACCUACAAUGACUUCUUCAUGGUGUUGACGGACACUGACAUGAAGGUCAAGCAAUACUAUGAGGUACCCAUAGCAAUGAAGUCUGUGUUUGAUUUGAUUGACACCUUCCAGUCACGAAUUAAAGACAUGGAAAGACAGAAAAAAGAGGGCAUCGUCUGCAAAGAAGAUAAGAAGCAAUCCCUUGAGAGCUUCUUAUCCAGGUUCCGAUGGAGAAGGCGGCUGGUGGUGAUCUCUGCUCCCAGUGAUGAAGACUGGGCUUAUUCCCAGCAGCUUGCCGCUCUCAGUGGACAAGCCUGUAAUUUUGGUCUGCGCCACAUAACUAUUCUCAAAUUGCUAGGACUUGGAGAAGAUAUUGGAGGUGUCUUAGAGUUGUAUCCAAUUAACGGAAGCUCUACCGUAGACCGAGAAGAUAUCCCAGCUAAUUUGGUGAAAGACAUUCGAAAUUAUUUCCAAAUCAGCCCAGAAUAUUUCUCCAUGCUUCUAGUUGGGAAAGAUGGAAACGUCAAAUCCUGGUAUCCUUCUCCAAUGUGGUCUAUGGCGAUUGUGUAUGAUCUGAUUGAUUCCAUGCAGCUUCGGCGACAGGAAAUGACCAUUCAGCAAUCACUCGGCAUGCAGUGCCCAGAUGAUGAGUAUGGUGGGUAUGGUUACCAUAGCUAUCACCAGGGAUACCAGGAAGGCUACCAAGAUGACUACCGUCACCACGGGAGUUACCACCAUGGAUAUCCAUACUGAAAAGAGCAACUUAGCCUCCGACUGCCCCAUGUCUAUCUUCUAAUAGGUAUCCAAGCAAUAGGUGGCCAAUUGCAGAAAGUCUUCCCAGGCCACCUAGAUAUCCAUGCCUCGUUCUUCCACUGUUCCAUCAAGGGACUUUGGUCAUUUGCCUUCCCAAAAACACAGAAGCCUUUACAGUAAAGCAAUUCAAACCAGUAGAAUUGAAGCUUUAAACAAUAAAGACUCCUUUAUAUUUUUAAACCUUUAUAAACAAAGGGCAUCAGCAGGUGCUGUUUGGAUUAAAACCAAACAAAAAAGCCCACAGCCCCAGUCCAUGGACACUACUGUACGGCAGGACAUGAACUGUCCAACAAAUAUUGCAAUGCGCUUUUUUGUAUUUUUUCCUAAGGAGAAAAAAGUAAGUGUAUUUAUUGCAAAGUGAGAUUGCAUUGUGCUCAUGAAGAGAAGCAAAGAAUCACACUUCAGGACUUUACCAGAAAAGGAAAAUUUAAGAAAGAAGCACGGGGCAGGCUCUUUAAUAAUAACAAUAAUAAUAAAAUCAUUUUGAAGUACCUUGUCUAAAAGGACAGCAACCCUUCUACAGUGCAUUAACAUUGUAAUUAGCUGACUUUAUCAAUGAAAAUAAGAAUUUAUGGCUAUUGCAGGAUUUGUUCCAAUACAAUACAAUGUAAAGUUCUUAACUA